GUCAACACCUCCAAUUCUAUCUUACCCUCUUCGAUCUGUUUAACAGCCCGCUUACAUCAAAUAAGGAUGCAACUCAUGGUAUCAAUUGAUUGGAGUCCCUGAUGGUCUCCAAAUAACUCUCCAACCCGAGACCGUUGUGCCCACCGAACCUCGACAAUAUUAAACCUCGAGGCCCGUGUCCGAGUCCGAGUCCAAUCUAGCCUCCGGCCAUUGUCUCCUUACCCAUCGCCUUCGGUUCUUUGAAACCGCCUCAUAUAAAAUGGCCCUAUCGCGGCCCGAGCCUGGCCCCAAUGCGUCGGUCGAAGCGUUUGCGCAAACCGGCGCUGAGCCCUCGCUCGAUGAUAGCGACGACGAAGAUCUUCGGUCGGCCGUUGGCAGUGGAAGUGAUGUUUACGAGCUGCAUGAGAGGAAUACGGGUAGAGGUAGACACGGCAGCGCGAUAUGGGAUGCCGAAGCUGCAGAGGAUGGGGAUGUAGACCAUCCUCUCGUAGGAGAGCGCUCGCGAAGUCCUGGUUCUAUGGCGAGUUUCCAGCUCUAUACCCCUGAUGAAGAACAAGCCGUGCGGAGGAAGUUCGAUCGCAAGCUUGUCUUGUUCGUCGCUCUCCUUUACAUGUUGAGCUUCGUCGACAGAUCCAAUAUCGGCAAUGCUCGUAUAGCUGGUAUGGACGAAGAUCUCCAGUCUGACCCGCCCCGCGAUGAAUGGUACCAAUGGGCCCUCACGGCGUUUUACAUUACUUACAUUGCCUUUGAAUGGAUGUCGCUUCUGUGGAAGCUCAUUCCGGCGCAUAUAUUUGUGUCGAUGGUGGUCCUGACAUGGGGUCUCAUGGCGUCCCUUCAGGCUGUCGCGACGUCUUAUCCCAUGUUGAUUGCGCUGCGCGCUGUCCUUGGAAUAGGAGAGGCUGGCUUCACGGGGAUUCCAUUUUACUUGAGUUUCUUCUUCAAACGAGAGGAGCUUGCAUUCCGGACUGCUAUUUUCAUAUCUGCUGUCGCAGCGGCACCCUUGGCUACGACGUUUGCUUCAACGCUCGCCUGGCUCAUUGUUAAGUUUGCUGAGUUUGGCCCUAUUGCUCCCUGGCGUCUUCUCUUUAUCAUUGAGGGGUUCCCAUCCGUCAUCGCGUCUGUAGUAGCCUGGAACGUCAUUCCUGACUCUCCACAGACAGCCCCUUACUUGACCAAGCGUGAGAAAAAGGUUGCCCAUCUACGCCUUCGCAGCGAGCAGUCGACGGCCACAAACAAUAAGCCUUCGUCUGGUCUCAAAGGUCGCGAUGUUCUAGCAAUAUUUCGUGACCCUGUUGCGUGGAUCACUGCAACCAUGUUCUUCCUCACCAACAUGGCGUACUCCUCUCUCCCCGUCUUCCUCCCCAAGAUACUCACUGAGAUGGGUCACGAUACUAUCACCUCUCAAGCUCUCAGUGCUCCCCCAUACUUGGCGGCUUUUGUCAUCGUCCUCUUCACAGCGCACAUGUCUGAUCGUCUGCGCACACGCACCGUACCUCUAAUAUUCCACGCCCUCGCUUCAUCAAGUGGCUACGCCAUUCUGGCUUUGGCUAAACCCCUUAAUCUUCCUAAUUUCAUCCGUUAUAUGGCCGUAUAUCCUGCCGCUAUAGGCUUUUUCAAUGUCGUCACUCUCAUCAUUACUUGGAGCAUCAACAACCAAGCCAGCCAGAGCCGUCAAGGCGGUGGCUUUGCUCUCCUCCAACUCGUUGGCCAGUGCGGACCGCUCGUGGGUACCAGAUUGUAUCCGGAUCGAGAUGCUCCCUAUUAUGCGCCUGGGAUGAGCACAUGUGCAAUCGCUAUGCUUCUGGUCUCCAUACUAGCGUAUGCUCUUCGCUUUUAUCUCAAGUAUCAAAAUCGUAAAUUCGACCGGGCUGAGAGUGAGCGUCGGCAGGGAGGUGACGAGGUUGAGGAAGAAGGCCUCGUUGGCUCUGGGAGACGCAAAUCAGCGGCUGUUGUCUUUCGAUAUAUGUUAUAA